GUUUGUGAAAAAAAUGGCUAAUCGAGAACCAAUUGACUGGGAUUCAAUGUGCAGAACUAUGAAACGACUCAAGUUAAUUACACAGCUUAUGGAGUCGAAAUCCUUUGAAGCAUACCAGAGAAUCACGGAGUUGAUGGCUAGAACCCUUGAAAGUUUUGGCGACUAUAAAGAUGAGGAAUCCGACUCACUCGGCAAGUCAAAAGCAAACAACUUGUGUCGGAUGCUUCAACGUGCAGAAGAAUGUUCGGAGUAUAUGUAUCCGAUCAACGAAGAAGCUGAAAGGAAAAUUCACGAGCUGUUGGCUAGGCCUCUUGAAAGUUUUGAUAUUGAUGAAUAAUUUUGUAUUUGUUUGUUUGGUUAUUAUGAUAAAUAAAUGAUUAAUGUUUCGUUAGUUGAUUGUGAUAAAAAAAUUGUGCGUUUCGUACUUAUCUUUUACGGAGUAAUAAUGAUGAA